AUGGAAUCUGCCUUGUUACUUAUCUGCACCAGUGUCAUAACCCUCGUGUAUAUCUGGAUCACCAAAUUUAUUUUCAAAACAUCACGUAAUGCGCAGCUGCCUCCCGGACCCCAAGGUCUUCCUCUUGUCGGCAACGUACUAGAUCUCCCACGAGCUGGGCAAUUCGAGGCCCACCACUGGGCCAAACACAAAGAUUUAUACGGAAACAUUAGUUCCGUUACUGUCUUCGGCCAAACCCUUGUCAUAAUCAACGAUGCGAAGUUGGCUCAGACCAUACUCAACGAUCGGUCAGCCAAACAUUCUAGCAGAUCAAAGAUGACUUUUGCCGGUGAAAUGGUUGGCUGGGACAAGACCUUGAGCUUCCUGCCAUAUAACGACCAAUUUCGCAGCCACCGCAAAAAGGCCCAUCUUUGCCUCAAGUCUGAAGCUAGCGUCAAGGCAAACGACGUUAUACAAGAGAUUGAAGUUGGACAUUUUCUGUUGCAUUUGCUGAGGGACCCUGAUCAUUUGGUCGAGCAUAUUCAGAAACAAGCUGGCUCUGUGAUCGUGAAAGUUGUGUAUGGAUACACCGCAGAGCAAUUCAAACCCGAUCCUCUACUAAGUACUGUACGGAAGGUUGUCGAUGAGUUUGGUAUCGCCGCCAAGCCUGGGUCCUUUAUGGUUGACCUCAUCCCGAUUCUGAAGUAUAUCCCCGACUGGCUCCCUGGAGCUGGUUUCAAAACAACAGCGAAGCAGUGGAGGUUUAAUCUCGAGAGCUCGGUUGAGGACCCCGCAGCUUUCGUGGAGCAUCAAAUGGCUACCGGCAGGGAUAACACAUCGUUCCUAUCUCAGCUGAUGCAGAAGAAAAGCUUGACGUAUGAAGAAGUUUCUGAGAAUAAAUGGUUAGCGGCAUCUCUCUAUGCGGCUGGUGCUGAUACCACUGUGUCCGCGAUCACGACGUUCUUCCUUGCCAUGACACUUUUUCCCGCGGCCCAGAAGAAAUCCCAGCAUGAAAUCGACGAGGUCAUUAGAUCUGCUCGUUUGCCAACGCUAUCGGAUCGACAAAACUUGCCAUACGUCAAUGCGCUCGUGAAGGAAGUUCUCCGAUGGCAUCCCGUCGGACCAAUGUGUCUUCCCCAUACAACCUCCCAAGACGACGUCAUCGACGGCCUUCUCAUCCCAAAGGACGCAAUGAUUCUUCCAAAUAUCUGGCAAAUCUGUCAUGAUCCGGCAAACUACCAAGAUCCAAUGGCCUUCAAACCAGAGCGCUUUCUAGGUCCGGAGGCUGAGACAGACCCGGGUCGUUUUGUCUUUGGGUUUGGUCGGAGAAUUUGUCCGGCCCAGGCCAUGUCUGACAAGACGUUGUUUCUCAAUAUGGCGCAGACUCUUGCUGUGUUUGACGUUAGAGUGAAAGAGGGAGGUGAGAUGCCCAAGGCUGAGUUUACAUCUGGAGUUGUCAGUCAUCCUGAGGCCUUCGAAGCUGUGAUCACGCCCCGAUCCCCUGAGCAUCCUAAGUUGAUCGAGUCGAUUGAGCAGAUGCAUCCAUGGCAGCAGAGCGAUGCAGACACUCUAGCAAGUCUGUAG